ACGGUGCAGCAUAAUAUUUUACCCAUAAAGUGAUAAAGGUACUUUUGUCCUCCACUCAGGAGGCUGCCGUGUUCGAGCAUGAGCCUUACCCUCCGGCACGGCCUCGUCAUUCAUAGCCCUAGUUCACGCCAGUCUCCCCGAUCUUUGCCUUCCGGCAAUGGCGAUCUACCUGGGAUCACCAAACUACUUUCUCUCUAUCCACCGCAGUUCGGACAUCAUCGCCGGUACUCCGAUCUCACAACGCCGUUGCAGGUUUUUGCUACUACGGGGUGUGAGGACGCCGAACGUCGUCAGGAUCGCCGCCGAGCGGCGUGCAAUCGAAGGCGUGAGUGAAGAGCUCAACGCGGUGGCGUCUCAGAGCCUUGAUACUGUCGCCGCCCGGCGACGAGUCCGCGCGGCAUUCCUCAACGCGCAGGAGCGGCUUGAUCACUUUCUCUUCAAGGCUGCUCCGUCCGGUAUACUGAUGGAGGAGAGAUACGAGAGGAACUCCAAGGGCUUGGAGGUUUUUUGGAAGAGCUGGCUUCCAAACCUUGGCAUUGCCACCAAGGCUACCCUCUUUUUUUGCCAUGGCUACGGUGACACCUGCACUUUCUUCUUUGAAGGGAUUGCAAAGAGGAUAGCAGCAGCAGGAUAUGGAGUUUAUGCCAUGGAUUAUCCUGGCUUUGGUCUCUCAGAGGGUUUGCACGGCUACAUCCCUAGCUUUGAUGAGAUGGUAGAUCAUGUCAUUGAGCAGUAUGCCCGUAUUCGAGAGAGAAGGGAGGUUGCAGAGCUACAACACUUUCUCCUUGGUCAAUCCAUGGGUGGCGCAGUGGCUCUUAAGGUUCAUCUAAAGCAGCCCAAAGAAUGGGAUGGCGUGUUGCUUGUUGCUCCCAUGUGUAAGAUUGCAGAAGAUGUGACGCCGCCUGCUGCCAUUUUGUAUGCAUUUUCUCUUCUGUCUUACAUUUUACCCGAAGCGAAGUUGUUUCCACAGAAAGAUCUUGGAGAUUUGGCAUUCAGAGAUCCUGAGAAAAGAAAAAUGUCCUCAAUGUGGGAGGGCUUUGAGUCAGAGUUCUUGAUGUUAGCAGCCUUUGAUAUUAAGGCUGAGUAUAAUGUAAUAUCGUAUGCUGAUCAAAUGCGACUAAAAACAGCUGUUGAGCUUGUAAAAGCAACUCGUGAAAUUGAGUCAAAGCUUGAGGAGGUGACUUCGCCGUUGCUGAUUCUUCAUGGAGCUGCUGACAAGGUGACAGAUCCUAAUGUGAGCAAGUUCCUUUAUGAUAAGGCUUCCACAAAGGAUAAAACUCUCCGGUUUUACGAGGAAGGUUACCAUGCUAUUCUCGAGGGAGAACCUGACGAACGGAUUUCUAAUGUUAUUGAUGACAUCAUUUCCUGGCUAGAUUCCCAUGUUGCCAUUCAGUAGCUUCGGAGAUUUUCUGCUCAAAUUGUCUUAGGGAGAUUGAUUCCAGAAAUUCAGAGUAAUAUGAUAUUUCCCCGUUGAAGCCAACGCUAUCCAACAUGAACACAUAUUUAUGAAGAAAAUAUUUUGGAUUUUACUACAGAUUUUUGGGGAUCUUUUAGUAAGUGUCUGGAUUGUACUUACAUGUUAGUCUUUGCACAAAUAUGCUUUUAGCCUUCACUUUUUAAUUUUCAAAAAAAUUUCAAUGAUUAAGGCUAAUUAUUUUGUUAAAUCAUCAAUUAGAAAGAAGAAUUUUCAACAAUCAAA